UAAUGAGUCUCUGUGAGGCUUUGUUCUUUGGUUGAAAUGUUCUAAUCCUUGUCUUCUUCAAAUGUGAUAGCAGUUUGUUUAAAAUGCAACAUUGUAACAUCCGCUACAGCUUGAUCUAGAUAAUUCUACAAUGAAAUACAAAUUCGGAUUAUUCUGAUUCUCAUCUAUCUGGACUUGGGUUGAUGAAAUUUGCGCUGUGUUGUAGCGUAUUGGCUCAGCACCAAAAUGGCCACGGCCACACGAAACGCUACCAAGUAUACGUUCACUGUACUGGUCACUGCUGUGGUCACUUAUAUCAUCACUGUUUCCUUUACUGGUCAGCGGCUACUGGUCAAACGGAAAAUCUCCAUUGAUAUUUCCACAUCUGGCAACUUUGAGCGACAACAAAAUGAAACCUCCACCAAGCUAGACGGGCACGAGAACCAGAACAUUCUUCGUCAGAUUGAAGCAGUGAAAUCUGUUUGCGUGCACAAGGAGGAUCCACCAACAAUCCCACAUUCUAAUUCGCCCGUGGCCCAGAAUGUGCCUAUCCGUGGCUCAGUGAAAAGGCGGGUAUUCACGCAGCGCGCAAACAGGACCCCAACCCAAGAAAUACUAAGUCGCCGAAGACGAGUUGAAAAAGUCUGUCAGACUACAUGGGUACGAGGUGAAGUUCAUGGCGUGUUCACUCACAGGUCAGGGGUCAUCUACUGUUACGUUCCCAAAGCUGGCUGCACUUUCUGGAAGAGAGUCUUUACAGCGGCAGGUUUUGGGAACGGCCAAGAUCCAUUUUCCAUAUCAAGGAACAUUGUUCAUAGUCAGUUUGGAAAGGGCGAAAAUUAUUCGUCUGCCCACAAUGAAACCGCGUAUCCCACAAGGCUGUUGGUCGUCAGGGACCCUUUUUCUCGUCUGCUGGCCUCCUACCUGGACAAAGUAUAUCUGCCAGAUUUCUGGUCCUUCGAGGCAAAAGAAAUUCAGAGAGGUCGAAGGGAAUGUAGCUCUGAUUUUCUCCGGAAGCAUUUCGAGCAGAUGGCAUCCAAAUUCCAGAGAACUGGGCAAUCUUACUCGACAUGCUCAGAGAGAAUGUGUGCCAAGUAUUUGACAUUUGCCGAGUUUGUCGAAGGAAGUUUUCAAAGGCAGGAACCACAUUGGACGCCUAUCCAUCAAAUCUGCAAUCCUUGCGCUUUCAAAGCUACCCACAUAGUGCACCUGGAAAGUUUCAGCCAAGAUGUGAAACCCAUUCUUGCCAAGAUGGAAAUGGGACACAUUUUAAACGGCAUGGACCAAAACAAACAGGUAGAGCUUGAAAUGGAUACGCUGAUCAAUUAUCACUUCGAGAGGAUCAAGGAAAUAGAAGUCUACAUGUUUUACCGUUCUUGCAUAACUUUAAGGGAACUGGCGUACAGGUUAUGGCAGACAUUCCAGUGGAAAGGUUACAUCGACCCAGAAAUGACAUACAUCGUGCCAGACGAUACUUUAGCAGAGAGCGCCAUUAAAAACAAUCUGAUCGCCCAGGUCCGUAGAGCGAGAGAGUCAGGACUCGGCAAAGCUGAACUCAUGGUGUCAGCUCGCGAACGCUUUCAAGCGCAAGUCUAUCAAACUCUUCCCAAAUACCUGUUCGAAAAUCUGAUGAUUAAAUACAAGACGGACUUUCAACUGUUUGGAUACGAAGACAUGAGAGAUUCCAUGUAUUCAUUUCUUUAUAACAGUGACCUGACACAGACAUAUACAAACCUGAACAGUAACCAGACACACACUUGAGCGUUCAUGGUACAUGUGUGCGUAAUGAAAGUACACUUUAGACGAGAGAUAAAGGGAACACACUUCAGAAACGUGUAUCUCUGUAGUCCAUUCUGUUCUCUGAGUUUGCCUUCUCAAGACUCGCUAUGCUUGUGACAAUCCAGCAAUUUUCAUCUCAUCUCUCAUCUGUCCCUUCACUUUCGUCUUGGGGUGCUGUGACAGUUCCCGCUACCGAAUCCCUGCACUUUUCACGGUCAGCAGCUGUUCCUAGCAAGAUAUCAAGAGAGUGGCCGGUCCAUUCAAUUCCAUUGUACAGCCAGCUUUUUUCUUUGGACGACCCUUUCUACGUGUUCAUUUCACUGUACCUUGAAGAAUGACUUUAGAUAGUGAGGCAUGUCUUAUAUUAUGUAUGACCUAACCAUCUCAGCUUUCAGUAUUGAAGAGUUCUUCUCUCAUAAUGUUGACUUGUAAAAGUACAAACUCAUUUGCCUUUUUCCUGGUAUCUGAUAUGUCAGUGCGUUUUAUGUUAUAAUGUUACAUUCAUUUUUAUUAUCACUAAUGUUGUGAUACUUACUUUUAAAUAUGAUAGGUUGGUAGCUUGUAAUUUAAAAAAAAAGUUAAGUUGUUUAGUGCUGAUGCUUUGGUAUAAGGCGUCGUUGGGGAUUUUUCUUUAAAAUUGUUCUUUUAGAUCUUAAUGAAAUAUAUCUAACAGAAUUUUUAGUUUUUGUUUCCUUGAAAUUGUUCUGAAUUUUCUAUCAGUUUGCGAUACGACAAUUGGUCCAUACUUUGUAAGAACUAAGGGGAAUGUCUGUGUGUAAUGUUAUAUUAUUCUAGCACCUAUUCCUUUUAUGUGCACAAUUUUUUAACGCACCUUCUUUGUUUGCAUUGCUUUUUAGUUUCUGGAGCUUCUUUCAUUGUGAUGAUGUUGGUUUGGUAGUCUCUGUAACGUUUCUUUGUGCUUUAUCUGUUUACCCUUGUUUAGGGUGAGUAUCUAAAGCAGCAGUUCUCAACCUUUUAAACUCGGCGACCCCUUUUUUUACUAUUCCCCACUCUGCAGCGACUCCCACCCACACGCACACACACAGCAAUAGAAGAGUAGACAAUAACAAUCCAUAUUUUCGAUGGUCUUAGGCGACCCCCUGGCAAAUCGUCAAUCGACCCCCAAGGGGGUCGCGACCCACAGGUUGAGAACCCCUGAUCUAAAGCAUUACUGCAUUUCGCAGUUGUUUUGCUGUCAUAGUUUGGUAGACUAGAUUUUCCACUUUGUUUUUCUUGUGUCCCUACAGCAGGGGUUCUCAGCCUGUGGAUCGCGACCACCUUGAAUGACGAUUUGCCAGGGGUCGCCUAAGACCAUCGAAAAUUGUCUACUCUUCUAUUGCUGUAUGUGUGUGUGUGUGGGGAGGGGUCGCGGCAGAGUGGUGGAUUGUAAAAAGGGUCGCCGAGCAUAAAAGGUUGAGAACCGCUGCCCUACAGGGAGCUAGUGAUGGGGUUGUAGAUUGAGUCUACACAAUGGCCAGCAGUGGGCCAGUGUUGUACGUUUAUUUCACUGUAACUACUUACUGAAUAUGUUGUGUUGAGCUUGUAGGACUGAAGAUGCAAAAAGCUGAUUUAAGUAUUAACAUAAUAACUACAUUACAAUAUUUGUGAUAUUGUUUGUCAGGGAAUUCUAUGAUAAGAGUGAAUGUUAGUUUGAUACUUUGGUAUGACAGUUAUAUCCCCAUGUAUAUGUAUUCCCAGGCUGUGAAUGUAAACAGUCUUGCACAUGUUGUGAACUGAAUGGUUAAGUCUUCGUUGAAUGUAAGAGAGAGUGUGUUAGUUUAGUGAGGUCCUGCUCCCGGUCCAGGAAGGUUGGACAGUCGCUUCCUGGACUGGUGCUUAUGUAUUAUUUACUGACAGUUAAUAUAUUGUGUGCUUAUUAAGUAUUAAAUUAUUAUUUGCAUUUCCAUGGAUACCUGAGUUGGAGUUAAAGUGUAUCAAGUUGUGAUUGUUCCUGUUUGAGUAACUAAGCAAGUAUUAAUUAAUUGGAAUAGAGUAAUCAAUCAACCCCCUAGCGAGCCACAGGAACCAAGUCAAGUCAAUUCCGUCAUGUACCAUGUCCUCCCUGUAUUCAAUGUAAAUAAUUUCACAUUAAAUAUUCUAUUGAUUUGAUCUCGUCACUUAUUUAUUAUUAAACAGGAAGGUGUACAUUGUAUGUCAAGGGCUCUGGCAACGAGCCAAAGCUUAAACUCUGAACUCUGGCAUGAUAGCCAGCAUUUUUCUCUAGCAUUCACCCUCAAAGGCUUGAAUUCUUCGUUCAGCCUCAGCAUUCAGUGUCCACCUUUCACAACCAUAUAGGAGUAUUUACCUACUAUGAGUAAUAAUAAUAAUAAUAAU